CACUUUCGCUUCAUCUCGAGUCGUCUUCAGCUUCGACUUAUCAAAGUCAUCGUACGCCACGGCAAUCGCACGCAAUACGACGGCUCUUAUGUACCAUUUAUCAUCGCGGUAAAAAAGCAGUGCAAAUCAGCUCUGCUUCCGAUAAAAACUCCAGAGCAUGGCCGUCCAGACGUCGCCAUCGCUCACUUCAACCUCACAUACCUUGACUGCCGCGCCGCCCGCAAUGGCUGCCCCCGAUUCUCUCACAAAUAGCCACGUCUUGGCCCUGUUAGAAACCCUGUCCGACGGCAAGCGACACGCUUUUCUUCAACCCACAGCUUCCAUCCCAACCGAUUCUCUCAAUCUUGUUAAGCACACCCUCGAAGGGUUUGCCUCACAAGUCAGCGAUGAGCAGCAGGAGAGGUUAAAGGAAAAUCGCAAGCGCAAGAGAGGUGCUGCAAAUAGCGAGGAUGUCCUCAAAAUGCGCAAGGUCUAUAUCGAUGGGUUCGAGACCGGCCAGGUUUGGCAGCAGGCCAAGAGAAUUAUUGGUGGUGUCUUGAAGUAUUCAGAAGAGGCGCUGGCAGAGUUGGAGGAGCGCAAGGAGAUCGCCGUCAACGGCGCUGAAGCAUCAGACUCCAAGACGCUCGAGUUUGGAGAGGAUGGCUUCGAAGUUGAUUCCGACGAUGAGGACGAGAGCGAUCGGGAUGGAUCCGACGACGACGAGGAACAAUUAUCGGUGGACGAAGCUCAAGAAGAUGGCCAAGAUGACGGCUGGGAAGAUGAUGAAGAGGAGAUUGAAGAAGGCAGAGACGAUUAUCAGGAAGAUGAUGAGGAAGACGAGGGAGUGGAUGGACCGGUUGAAGAGUAUGAGGAGGAUCCCGACGGUCUCAACGAUGGUUUCUUCUCACUCGACGAUUUCAACCGACAAUCACAAUAUUUCGAGGAGCAGGACGCAAAGGGAGAUCCCUACACGGAUCAAGCAAGCGACGAUGAGGAGAUCAACUGGGACGCGGAUCCUCUGGCUCGCCCUACAACAGGUUCAAAAUCUAAGAAGGCUGUUAAACAGCCAGUCUCUGAAGAUGAAGGUGAUGACGAUGAGGAGGACGGCCCUACAUUUGGCGACAUGGCUCUCGAUGCCCCAGAAGGCGACAGUGAGGAUGAAGCCAUGGAUAUGGAUGAGCCUGUGGAUAACGACGACAACGGUCUCAAUGCCAAUGAUGUCUACUAUAAGGACUUCUUUGCGCCGCCGCGUCGAAAGUCGAAUGGCGGUAAGCCCAAAAAGUCUGUCAAGUUCCAGCCCGAGCAGCCAAACGAUGCCGACGUUGAAAGAGCCAUGGCCGAUGUUCGCAGAGAUCUCUUUGACGACGAGUCAGAACAGGAGGAUUCAGACGAUGCUCUCUCCGAUGUUUCCGCUGGGGAUCCCAAGUCGAGACGCUCAGCACACGAGCGGAGACAGGCCAAGCUCGCCGAAGAGAUCCGCAAGCUUGAGGCUGCAUCCGUUGCCAAGCGUGAGUGGACUCUCUCUGGUGAAGCUGCUGCAGUUGACCGCCCUGUAAACUCUUUACUCGAGCAGGAUCUCGAUUUCGAGCAUGUUGGCAAGCCCGUGCCUGUCAUCACUCCUGAGGUCAGUGGAAGCAUUGAGGACCUCAUCAAGCGUCGUAUUCUCGCUCAAGAGUUCGACGAGGUUAUUCGCCGACGUCCGGAUACCGAAGGUGCAGCCGCAGUUACUCGUCGUGGUCUCGUCGAACUCGAUGAUACCAAGGCAACAAAGGGUCUGGCCGAGAUCUACGAGGAAGAGCACGCCAAGAAUACAAACCCAGACACUUAUGUCAGCCAAUCAGACGAGAAGCUUCAGCGCGAGGAGAAGGAAGUUGAGGCGAUGUGGAAGGAUGUCAGCGCUCGUCUGGACGCCCUCAGCUCAUGGCACUACAAACCCAAGCCCGCAGCACCCUCACUAUCCGUCGUUGCGGACGUUGCCACUGUCGCAAUGGAGGAUGCCCAGCCCACGACAGCCCAGGGUGUCACCGGCGAGAGCAGUCGCAUGGCUCCUCAAGAAGUUUACAAGGCUGGAGCCACGGACAACGCAGCCAGCGGCGAAGUCGUCACCAAGGCCGGUCUUCCUGUCGCCCGCCAGGAGAUGUCCCGCGAGGACAAGGCCCGCCGGCGCCGUCGCGAGAAAGAGCGCGUGCGCAAGGCUGGAGGCGUCGACGGCGAGAAGGUUGUCAGCAAGAGAGCCAAGAUGCAGCGCGACACCAUCGCCGAGCUCAAGAAGGGAGGCGUCAAGGUCAUCAACCGCAAGGGAGAGAUCACCGACGUCGAUGGCAAGAAGGCAAAGACUGCCAAGGUUGCUUCGAGCGGCAAUUUCAAGUUGUAGUAGAUGGUCAAGGGGCAUUAUUCCUUUUUGCAGUUUGGUUCGGGGUUUCAAAAGUAACAAUGGGGUGUUUGCAUGGCUCGCGAGCGAUUCUUCAUAAGAACGCAUUUUCAUGUUAGUUGCAUAGGUUUCAUAUGUCCACAGUGGAUUCCUGUUUGAGUGACUCGGUUAAUGCAUAAAAGAUCAAGUUUUGUACUCGUCUUCACUCAUGAGUUAUGCUCACACCUUUCCUGUUGAAUCCGCCCAUUGUGCCGAGCGUCCCCGAUCGCGUAACUAGUCGUAC